UCCGUGACGAGGCAAAAGCUCCAGCAUGUCGUAUUUAAGAAACAGUUACAGUUAAUGUCCAUCAGCGACUAUGUUUUGUGAGAUAUGGGGUCUGAAAUACAUAAUUUGUGUCGUAUGCAUAGUGCUUGCGUCAAAGAUGGCCAGUUGUAGUGUCCCGUUAGAAAGGGAUGUCACUCUGGAGAACAAUUUCAAAUUGGCCAACAAAACAAUUCCAUCAAGUCAGGAGCCAGUUGUUGAAUCUGACAUUCAGCAAACAAAUAUGCUGAUAUGGCAGCAUAUCUAUGACAACAAAAAGCCGUUGGUGCCUUCUCAAAAGACUGCAACAGAGCCGAGGUGGUUGCUGAAUAUGUGGCUCGUGUUUCGGACUUCAAAGAUUCAAAACCAUCCAAAGAGUCUUCCAUUUAUGAAAGGUGUAUUUGAAACUCAUGACAAAGCUUCCUCUGUACGAUCGAAGUCUUCCAGAACAAGCUUUAACAAAGAUAAACAAUAUUCAACCAUACAUACAAAGAACAAGUUAUCCAAAGAAACUAAUUCUUCAUAUCACAAAACACACAGAAAGAAAAGGGAAGCUCCUGUCGUAGAGAGGGAAGGCAAAGUUAACGCAACGUCCAGUAUAACAGCGUCAGGAGCAUCUGACUCAGCGCUCAGCCCCACACUGUCAUUAGUGUCUAGAAGUGUGAGGAACAAUAAUACAAGUGUGUCACUUUCCGGCCAUGAAGAUACAUAUGUCACAUAUUUUCCCGUGCCAGUUGAAUGGACAGCUGAGGGGAACUACUCUGCAGUGCGGAAGUUAAUAAAUAAAUUUAAUAUACAACAAAGGAUAGCUCGGGAUGCACAGAUAGCGUUCAUGUGCAUGGUGUUCCUGCUGUGUCUACUCAGCCUGUGCGUGUGGUGCACAGGCAUGUGCUACAGAAAGAAAAUUCACUACAUGAAGUGGAGUUUUCAAGACAGUCAUGCACUCACUAGUGUCAGAGAUAUAUUCAGGAGGAGGUGGAAUUAUUUACCCGAACAGAGUUUUUAUGAAGAAGUCAUUGUACAUGACAGAGGGACUGACCCCUGACCUUCACCUUCAUUGCUAUCUAUACAAGCUGCAAUUUAUUGUUAUUAUUAUAAUUAUUAUUAUUAAUAUUAAUAUUCAGAUGUACUUAACAUGCUAAAGGUCAUUUCAUGUGAUAUUUUAAGAAUGAUAGAUGUGUCUAACAACGAUUUACUCCUUACAACAUUUGAUUUAUGAAUAUACAUGUCAAUCUUUGUACAGUCAAACCUCAUGUCGAACUUGGAUGUGUCGAAUUCCCGAUUGACUCAAACCUCUUUUUAGAGUCCAAAUUAUCUAAAUUAAGCCUAAAAUUACCCUGAUGUCUCGAUCCCCAGAUAACUGGAACUUUUUUGGGGCGGUGGGGUAGCCUAAUGGUUAAAGUGUUCACUCAUCACGCCCAAGACCCAGGUUUCGAUUCCCCACAUGGGUACAAUGUGUGAAGCCCAUUUUUGUUGUUCCAAGCCGUGAUAUUGCUGGAAUAUUGCUAAAAGUGGCAUAAAACAAUACUCACUCACUGGAACUUUUUUGCAGGUCCCAACGGGUCGACACAACGAGGUUGUACUGUAGCUUUAAGGGUACAGAAUCCCCUUUUACAGGGAUAUAUAUGAGAUAUUUGCAAAUAGUCUGAAGAUGUUGGGAUUAAUGGCAUCUUUUGCGUGCAUAUAAGUUAAACUCUAUGUUAUAUCAGGAUCUGGGACCCUGUAUGACGACUUCAAAUAUUGCAGAGAUUGACUCUCUGAGCAGGAUAAGUUUUAAAUGUUCAUAAAUGUUGGUAGUGAUGUAUCAGUACCUUAAUGAUACUGUAGGUAUGUUUGUACAUAUAAAGUUAGAAACUAACAGUUUAAGCCCACUAGUCCUUAUGAAGAUAAAAUAUAGCAAAAAACCCUUAAAAAGGGCAAAUUUCUACUGGUCCUCUUGAUACCUUAACUAUUGAACAGUUUGGCAAGGACUACAGAACUAGUGCCAAUUUCUGAUGCUGCAUAUGCGUAUGUAUACAUGGGUAUGUGCACAAUGAAAACUUGACUCCAUACAUGAGAAAGUAGUCCAUCAGUGACUAGUGACCUAACCAAAACUUGAAUCUUGAAACGAACAAAGACUUGAGAAUUCUUUGCACAUACCAUCAACAAGUGUACUUCUUAACCCAUUACUUAUGCUCUUGUCAUAUAGAUGUAGCUUUUUUUUUAUACAAUAAGAGGGCACAGGUGGCCCAGUUGUCUAAGGUGCCACAAUUCGCUGUGCAGAGUUGCCUCCCUUGGACAUGCCAGAAACCUAUGAUGAUCGUGGGUUCGAAUCCUGGUUUGCCCAUAUUAUAUUUCUAGGUUUUUCAACCUGUGCUCAUUUAAAGGUAAAUAUCUGAGACUUGCAUCACUUUGGGUUUUCCUCCAACAUUCAGUUGACAUGCCGCGAUAUAACUGGAAUACUGUUCAAAGCGGCGUUAAACCCAACUCACUCACUCACUAUAGGACAAAUAUACUGCUCAAGUUAACGAACACCAACUACUGGUAGACAUAUGUUGCAGUAGCCAUGACAUUAACUAUAGUCAAAUGAAAAAAGGGUGUUCUUUAACUUCUUUUGAGUAGUAUAUAUAUCUCAUAGUGUGGCACAAUCUUUCCUCUGCAUCACUGGAUGUAUCAGCAGUAGAAAGUAACCGUUUUAGUCCACUAUACCUCAGCUGUUGGGCAGUUUGGCAAGGACUACAGGACUUGUGCCAUUGUCUUACACAGAUCAGUGGUGUCCAAUACAGAGCCCUAUGUCAAAGGUUAGAAUUAACCUGCUCAGAUGGGGAUCGAUGCUUCAGCCUAUUCGUCUGUACCAUCUGUGAUCGCUAAUUGACCGGGCCAUUUGAAGCAUCAAUUGUGGCCACUUUUUUACCUGGGCCACGUUCCACAAAGCGAUCUUAGUGCUAAGACUGCCGUAAGUCUAUGUUAAAGUAUGGGAUAUACGAUUGCUUAAUGUGGAACGGGGCCCUGUACUUUAUAUACCUUGAUGCAUGGUAGUACUGCUGGUCUGCUGUAUAAUGGCUUAUUAUUGCCUUCCAACUAUGAGUGUUCUAAUUCUUGGCAGUGGGGUAUAGAGAAUCUCACCCGAGUAUCUAUCUAUUUCAAAUAUAUCAUGAGUCGAUAAAGGUUUGGACACUUAGGUGAGAUUCUAUUUAUCAUCCCAAAUCUGGGUACAAUUUGUGAAGCCCAUUUCUGGUGACCCCCGCCAGGAUAUUGCUGGAAUAUUGCUAAAAGCAGCGUAAAACCAUACUCACUCAUCCAAAAUGAUCCUUCCUACUUUUUCAGUUUGUAAACUGUAAUAACCAGUGUUCUCAAUGCAGCUAACACGCUUCAGAGGUAGAGUGAUUAGUGAUGUCAUUUGAUUGUGAUGUCAUGGUAACCAAUGAUGUCAUAAUUGACUGCAAAGCAUUGUGAUGCAAUUUCAUUGAUCUCACCCAAGCAUAUCACCUAUGGAAGCCAGUUUUGGAUGAUGUGGUCGUUAGUGGAACUUGUUCCUGCAGUACAUAAGCACGGGCUUUGGUAUUACACAAUGUGUAAUACAGCUGUAUGUUUAUUAAACAGGUGAUCUCUUCACAGGCAUGUAAUAAUAAACCUUUGUUUACUUCCAAGUGGAUGAGAAGUGUGUUUUCCCCUCAAAGCUCCAACGGGAGCAUGUUCAUUUGUUUGUUUGAAGAUGCUGAAAAAGUGGGGAAUAUUCUCGAUUUUGGAUUUUAUGAAGUGGUUUUGAGGGACUGAUAAUUUAUUAGUGGUAGUGUGGG